UGGACCCCACAAUGACUGCAGACCAAAAGAAAGUGCUGAGGUACACUCUGGACAACCUCACGAAGAAGGAAUUUAAGAGGUUUAUACACCUCCUUAGUGACAGAGAGCGAAUCACACUGGGACUGCUGGAGGAGGCCGACAGAGAUGACACUUUGGAAUUGAUGGUGCAGGCGUACAGCUCGGGAGCUGGGGACGUCAUGUUGUCCAUCUUGAAGGAAAUGCAACAAAACGAUCUCGCCAUGAAGUUGGAGAGAUGUCUGGAAAGCCUGCUACAGGAUGCACAUGAGACAAAAUGCAAAGUUACCGAAACAGGAGGUGUUCCUCCAGGUGUACAUCACAACUGGCACGGUUUCAAACGUUUUACAAUAGGUGAAAAAGAUCAGUGCUGGAAGAGAGCAUCACAAUUCACAGAGACCUGUAUGAAGCCAGCAGUUGAGGACUACGUGUCUAAACAUCUUGGGUAUGCAAUCGCAGAUCAAAUGAAGAUGGGAGAUGAGGGAUUGACCUACAGCACACAGACUCACUACCUCCUUUGUGACCUUUUAAAGCAGCGGCUCCAUGACAAGUUGUUUCCGAAGUACAAGGACUACACACAAUCACAUGAAACAUAUGUGAAAAACUGGAUAAAGGAACAAAUCAUUAAGAAAAUGUCAUCAGGAGAACAAAUGCAGCGGUUAGAGACAGCACUCCUUUCUGAGAUUGUAAAGAAAAUAACUGCCACGAUCACCAGCAUCUCCAAGGACAUGGACAUAGAGGAGUUCAUAUCACAGUUCUGCUCUGACCUUAAGUAUCAGCUGGUCUUCCCAAGAGAUGCCUUAAACAACUUUAUGAUUCUCAUCAACGCCAGGACAGACCAGUUUGCCAUCAACCUCAAGGAGUUCAUUAAGGAAAUGGAAUCACAUUUAGCUCAGGGGUAUGCCAACAAAACAGGCAUCUCACACAUCACUGAAAGAAUUACACAGCUGCCCUCUAAACCCCAUGAGCUGCUCUUCAACAGACUGUGUGGAUGUGGGAAACAGUGUCCCUUCUGUGGGACACCCUGUGAAGCAGGAGGUCAGAACCACAGAACACACUUCUCCAGCAUUCACCGCCCUAGAGCUUUUAUAGGACAUCACUGGGACUCCAAGAAGCUCAUGAUAGACAUUUGCACAACUUCAGUGAUCAGUGAUCUUAGGUUUAAGAGUUCAGAAACAGGUGAUAAAUUGCAUCCCUAUAAAUUGCAUACCCUGACUGGCAGAUCACAUGAGACCAGAGCAUGGAGGCCUCAGACUACUGGAAAUACGUGCUGAUGAAGUUCAACAAUCAGUUUGCAAAAUAUUACGAUUUAGAACCUGCAGAUAUCCCAGAGGCCUGGAAAACACUUAGAGCAGAGGAUGCACUGAGAAGCCUGAGAGAGUCAUUUAACAUGCAGUAAUGCAAACCUUAUGGGGGAGUAACAGCCAUAUAUGGUGUUAGUAGACGUGACGUGUGAAUCAGGCCAGAAGGGAACUAUCACACAUGGCAUCAGUGAUGGGGGAACAUGGAGAAUGUGCUCAAGAUUAAUCAAGUCAGAUGUUGGGGAUAUUAUUCAAUAUGAUCAUUAAAUCAAACAACAUGU